AUGGCUUCCAUCAACGGUCACCCUCUACCAUCAAAGUUCAAGUUACCUUCUUUGGAUUCAUAUGAUGGAACGCGCGACCCGUUUGAUCACAUCGCCACCUUUAAGACUACCAUGGCUCUUCAAAGGGUGCCCGACGAAAUAAUGUGUAGAGCCUUCCCUACUACCUUCAAGAGCCCAGCACGAGUUUGGUUCAGCAAAAUACCCCCAAAUUCGGUAAGUUCUUUUGAAGAGUUGAGCAAGUUGUUUGUCAAUAAUUUCAUUGGGGGACAGAGGCACAAGCGUUCCUCGUCCAGCUUGUUAACCAUAGAGCAGGGGGAGAAAGAGAGCCUGCAGUUGUUCAUCACCCGUUUCAACAGAGAAGCCCUGAGUGUGGACGAAACAGAUGAUAAGCUCCUAUUGGCGGCCUUCCAUAAUGGGGUGAAUUCGGAUUUAUUUAUACAUAAACUUUAUGAAAAAGAGCCUCAGUCCGUGGUCGAACUCGUCCAUUCGGCUCAAAAUUUUAUGAAUGUAAAAGACGCGAUCAUUACUAAGAAGAGAAAGAGAUUUGAGAGAGUAAAGGCAAACCCCAGUCGCCAUCCCAAGCAAGGCUCUCAUCCAAAGAAGGGACAGACGGAAGAAAGGAAAGACCGAGAUAAUAAAAAGCCAGGAUCUUCAACACAGAACCAGCAAUAUACCCCUUUGAAUAUGCCACUUGAGCAGAUAAGGAUGGACGAGGCAGACCAAGAGAAAACAUCUUUUGUCACCAGUCAAGGCUUAUUCUGUUAUAAGGUGAUGCCAUUUGGCUUAAAGAAUGCAGGGACGACAUAUCAGAGAUUGGUCAACCACAUGUUUCAUCCGCAGAUUGGGCGGAAUGUGGAAGUCUAUGUAGAUGACAUGCUGGUGAAGAGUUAG